UAUAGUCUCCGUGGACACAGCAGUGUCCCAGGGGAGACCUUCACAAGUUCCAGAGCUAAAGGACUGCCUUGGCUUUAACAAAGGCUUAUUGUAGCAGCGAGGAAAGAAUGUGACCAAAGAGCUGCUGUGGGGUGUGGCUAGGUUACAGAAGCCAACCCUCUUCCUCCCUCCCUCUCUUUCUGUCUACCUGCUCAGGUGGUUUAGCUUUAAAGCGUCUGAAAAGGUAGCUCAGCAGACUCACACCUGCUGGAGCUCUGCAUGUUGGGUGGUAACUGCGCAAACUGGAAAUAUGUCUUGCUAGAGGGAGCAUUUGGAGACCUAGAAAAGGGAGAAUAGAGGAAGGAUGAAGAAGCAUAAUUCUGUGCAGGGAACUUUUAGCCGACUCUUUGGGAAGAAACAUGCCAGCAACAAUUCUGCCAACAACCUGUUUGUCACCAAUCCCCCUUGGAUCUUCACGCAGGAGGUCAAAUCUGACACCUUGGCAAGCUCUGGUGAAUUGGAUGGCAUUUAUUAUGGGGAUAAUCGCUUUGGUUCAGUGACUGAUUCUGGAACAGCAACGCUGAAGCCACGUCCAAGAGUUCGGCCUUUGUUGACUUUCUUACCCCUUAACGCUCAAGAGACACAUGGAGUGGCUGUUCCAACACCAUCAGUGCCAGAAGGCUUUGAAGAUAAACUGUCUCCAGGGUUUGGUUCUCAAAUCGGCGGCAAUUACAGAAAAUACAAUUCAGUGGUCGACCUGAGGCCAAAGGCAUUUGAAGAGAACUACCUUGACGAUGACUACAUUCCACCCCCACCAUCAGUUCCUCCUCCACCCCCACCACCUUCAACUGAUCUCUCACCACCUCCAUAUUCUAUGGAAGUUCCUCCAUCCCCACCCAUGCUGCCUCCUCCACCUCCACCUCCACCAGCAAUGCCUGCUCCAUCUCCUCCAUCUCUGGUUCCACCUUCAGACCCGUAUUCCAAUUUGUCUUCCCCCAGUACUCCUUCCCCACCAGACUUCAUUCCUCCCACCCCUCCUCUGGCUUUUACGGAUGGUGCAGGGCACCCAUUGCCUCACAUUCCACCUUUCUCAAACGGUGUGUCCAAAUGGAAAUCUGAGACUGUUCUGAAUCUGAGGGAGCCAGGCAGCAUCCCUCAUAGUCCAAACCUCAUCUCUCCAAUAACCUCUACCCAGAAGGAGUCACAGUUCACAAAAUCGGACCAAGACCCUCAUCUUACUUUCCCCCGAUCAUUAAAAAUACCUCCCCCUACUCCAGUGAGGACAUCAUCUAUUUCCUCAGCAGAAAAAGAGUCCAGUCCCAAAGAUGAACAGCUCCCUACAAUGGUACCUCACAGUCGGCCAGCCUUGCCUCCAAAUUUUACCAUACGUAGUGCAACUGCAGUCCACUCAGGGGGAGAAUCUGGAAGGAAAGCUACUUUAGAAAAGCCUUCCAUAGUAGUCACAGAAUCUGGCAAUUCCAGUUUAACUUCGGAUUCUAAUGGGUCUCUCACUCAAAUGAAGCAUGAAAUAACUUCUAGAGGCAAAACAGAGCCUUCUGCAGAACAUGCAUCAUCUAAUGAUGAUGAUGAUGAUGAAUGGAAUGAAUGUAGCAAUCUGGAUAAGCUGAAGCAUGAACUGUCUGCCUUGCUGUCUUCUUCAUGCAGAAAGGAAGACAAAAUUAUAGUCCCCAAGACUAAAACUAAUAUAACGGAUACCAACCACAUUGCUACAGAUGAAUUAAAACAAGCUAAGCCUGUUGUGAAAAGCUCACAGUCAUCACCACCAGUAGAGGGUGAGAAAAAGGAAAAGAUAGCUGCUAAGAUAUCUUCCCCAAGCAAAAUCAUCACCAAUGAUGCCAUUUCAACUCCAGACACUAUGACUGUGCAAGCAAAUUCUGUCAUGAAAUUCAAAGAUGAGUUGGAAGCUGUGUUGUCUCCAACCAAAGAUGGAGGUCCACCCUUAGCUUUUGCAAACCUGAGACAUAAUCCAGAAACAAAGAAACAAGUUACUCUUCAGUUUGGUGGUGGCCAGAUCAAUGGUGAAGCGUCCAGGCUUCCAAAACCUAUAGCCCAUCAGAAUAACUCAACAUUAGAAGGGACAGAGAAAGACCCUAAGGCUUCUCCAAGUGCCUCUUCUAAUCACACACCAUCUUACAAACCUCCAGUAUCUCCUCAGAAACCAAAGAACGAACCCUUGGUUCCAGCUGCCUCUUCACCUGCCUCUUCUGGGACUGCCUCACCCAUACGAACUGCAUCUCCCAGUAUGGAUUUUUCUCUUCUGCAGUACAAGACUCAUAGGAUGCAGUUAGGUUCUGUUGACAGCCUCGCCUCUGCAACUUCUUCCCAAACUACAGAAAAUGGAUCAGUCAGCAUAAAUAAUCCUGAAAACCAAAAAGACUCUGGUGAACGCAAGUUAUCAGUAGCAUCCUCCCUCUCUUCCAAUAUGGAGCAAACAAAUAAUGAGGUUUUGAUUCAUCCUGUUACAGGAGAAAAAGUAGAGAGAGGCUCUCCAAUGGCUCUUCUCCUGGCUGCACAGCAGCGGGCCCAAAGAGGGAGGUCUUCUGCUUCGGCCUCCCGACAAAACAGUUACUUAUCUGAGAAACCUCCACUCAGGUUAUCAGAAAACCUCCACAACAGCAGUCGAUCAGAGACUGGGAUGUCCACCAUUUACUACAAUGACGCCAAGCCCAACUCUGUCACAGUGGUACCAAAGCUGCCUCAGAAGGGAUCCCUGGUGCUUUCAGAACAGAGGCAGCCCACCGCAGCAAGUGCAUCUAACAGUAGUGAUGUGGGCUUGUCAGAAUUUGGGCAGAAAGAGCAAAAAACACAGACUUUAUCUAAUGCCCCAGAAGAAAACAAGAAUGGGCAGAAGCUCCCAGAGACAAAUGAGAAGACUGUUUCAAUAAACAGGUAUAAUUCUUCCAGUUUAGUUCAAAGCCUCCUAGCAUCCAGCCACUCGAAACAGCAAGACCUUCGCAACAUGCCAGAAGCUCCUGCAAACUCUCUCACGACAGCUCAAAAUCACACUGCAAGCAACAAUGAAGAGGAGGAGGACGUUUUUGAUUAUGAGAUCAUUCCCCCACCACCAGAGUUCAGCAAUGAUGCCAGCGGGGUCCCACUCAGUUCUUCUAAUAGAGAACAGAACCACAUCUCAAGUAACAGUCUGGCCUCAGAUAAGCAACUUAAUCUAAGUCACUCGGGCUAUGACUCUAGCCAGAGUUAUUCCCUGACAUCCAAACCCACUCUGGAAAACAAUACAAGGCCUAGUGGGUACAGUCACCAUUAUCCAGGCGGGAGCUACUCUUCCAGUUAUCUCAGUUCUUACUCCAGUACCCGACCAUUGAUAAAGAAGCGUCUUUAUGUGUCAGAAACUGAUGGAUCAUAUGGGAGAGCAGCCAUGUAUUCUCGCAGUGUGAGCUCACCCAACUCCUACGGGCACAAUACACUGACCUACCAUUCUCAGGCUGCAGAAGGGAAGCGCCGGGUCAACUCUAUUCAGAGGAAUGUUCCCAACAGUGCACAGGGCAGAAGAGUGUCCCUGGAACUACCUGGAAAAACUGUGGCUUUUAAUGUUUCCAGCGAUGCCAAAUAUAAAGGCCAGAAUGGAGAGUAUUCCAGUGCACCAGCUGCUGGCAGAUCUUCCCAAGGGAGUCUAUCAUACGGUGGAACUGCAAAUACAUUCACUGUGAGGCCUGGGACAAGACAACCUAUUUCUUAUUCAUAUCAAGGAGGUCUUCAUUAAAGUACUUCAACAGAAAGCUUGUCACAGCCUUGGCCAAGCCCAAGGCUGCACAUGAGGGGCUUCUUCCUUUCCACUCUGUUACAACUCCUCCUUUGCCAGCUCUUUAGGGCUCUUUUGUUCACUUUCUUCUUGUAAAUAGAUUGUUGUAAGUUAUUAAAGGCAUGGGUAAGAGUUGGGUAUUUCAACUGAUACCCUGCUCUUAUGGGCUUCUAUGCAAUAUGGGCAACAAGGCAAAGUUGUACCACUGGCAGUUCAGCAAUAUUUGCUUAACUUAUAGCAUAUGAGUAAUUACACAGACUUUGUUGUAUUGCAAGGCCAUGAUGGCUAAUAGGUGAUAACCUAGAGCUGAUGCUUUGGAAUAAAUUCUUACCUUUCUGAUACAAUUGCCAUAAAAUAUGCAACUGUUCAGCAAAGAACACCAAAGAAAAGUUGGGUGCCUUCUUCCUUUAGGAAGACAAGGAAUAGCCAAGUCAUCUCAACAGCGAAAAAGGGGAGCAAAGAGUUCAGAAACCAUCAUGCCAAGGACUGUUCAUUACCAGUUAACAAUAGCCAUACAAGGACCAGAAUUGGAAAAGGGAGUAGCUAAUAAUAAGAAGAAAAUGGUGCAAUUGAUGGGAAAGGGGGAAGAGCACUUCACAAGGACAAAAACCCAAGUAAUAUAUAAUGGAUGAGAAGGAAUGGGGCAUAUUCCCCAACCCAGACCCCUCCAAAUAUGCGGGACUACAACCCCCAUCAUUCUAGACAACAGACUGGAGGUGAUGGGAGUUGUUGUACAACACACCUGAAGGGGACAAGGCUGGGUAAGGCUGGGUUAGCAUUGCCUACUUUUUGUAUCACCCAUGAAUUUAACCGCUCCUUGGCAAGAGAAGAUUUAGCAACUAGAACAUGCAUCUCUGAGUCAGGAAAAGGCAUGUUGGCUGGAUUUCCUCUCAGCAUACAACAAUUCAAGACUCAGGGGACUCAAAAGAAGAAGAAUUUGGAAGCCAUAGGAGGGAUUGUCAACUUCUGUCUUGGAUCUACUGGAAGGGUGUGUGCACAUUAACUAGAGUGCACAACACCUAAGAAUGGUCAACUAUUCAAAAACUUUCAAAGUCAAAGUUUAGACCAAGAUGUUUAGUAUUUUGCACAAUCUGUUUCAAGACAUGAGAAUAAGACAGUGGUUACUAUCAAUGCAAUACAAAUACUAAGUGUUGGGGCUGUGGCUAUCAAUUAAGUUGUUAAACGUUACAGCAGCAGUCCGAACAUUCACUAUACUGAUGGUGGUUAUUAUUGUGAAGUUGUACAACUAUUGUAGAAGGAGAUUUUAAGUAAGAAAUGCCACAAAACAGAAAUCAAAGUCUCCUGCAUUUGUCAGGUUGCAGCCUGGAGAUUUUGUCACUUUAAAAAAGGAGACACAGUUUUUGCCCAAUGAUGGGGUAGAAGUACAAUUUGGGCAGGGUAUCUGGGACUACAUUCCAACAGCAGGAGACACUAAGGGCAGAGGCUGGGACCAGAUGGAAUUUUUACUAAUUUGGGUGUUUUUGCACCAACAGUUCUGUGCCCAUUUUGCACUGUUUUUCUUUGGUCUUUUUACUCUUUGCCUACUAUGAUGGAACAUAGUUACAUGCUGAUGGGAAAAGGCUAUGGGGCUGAGACCCAGAACAGAAAGCACAGUGGCUGCAUAACAACAACAAUAAUAAUAAUGUGCCAUCAAGUCAAUUUUGACCAAUGGCAAUCCUUUCCAAGGUUUUC